AUGGCAGAGGCACAAGAGUUAGCACGGCAGACGCGGGUGCUUGCGCAGGCUGAGGCAGCGCGGGACGAGGCGGCGCGGCUGAGGGCUGAGGCCGACAACGCGCGGGCGCGGGCGGCGCGAGCCGAGGAGGCGCAGCGGGCGGCCGAGAGCGCGCUCAAAGCGGCGCAAGAAGAGCUGCGGCGCGCAAAUGAGGCUGCGGCGAACAAGGUGGAGGGCAUCCCGCUGGUGGUGCAUCUGCAGGCGGUGGAGGCGGCCAAGGGCGCGCAGGCGGCGGCCGGCGAGCUCGAGCGCCGUCUGGCCGCGGCGACGGCGCGAGCCGAGGCAGCCGAGGCGGCGGCGGAGCAGGCGCGGACAGAUCGUGCGGCGGCGCGAGAGGAGAUCGCCAGCGCGGCAGGUGGGCUGGAGAAGCGUCUGGCGGAGAUGCAGGUGGCGCACCGGCAGGCGCUGUAUGUGGCCGAGCGCGAGAACACCGAGCUGCGACGCGAGAACGAGGCGCUGCGCAAGGCGGCGGCGGUGGUGGGCAGGCGCAAGCGGGCAGGAUCAGGAGCAGGCGCAGGCGCAGGCGCAGGGGGAGGAGGAGGACGGAGCCGCGGAUGAAACGGUUUACUGGAUGCAUCAGCGAGUGGGAAAAGACCGUAGCAUGCAAGGCAAUACGAUUAAAGGUUGGCGAACAUGUGCGGGGCGGUGGCGCCGUUGGCGUCGGCAGCGAGCUCGCCCGAGACGCAGGUCCACUCGGCGUAGCCGCCGUUGGUGACCGGGGUGCAGGUGUCAGUGCGGAUCGAGGCCGAGCGGG